AUGGGUUUACUCUGCAGCAGAAACAAGCAUUACAAUGAAGCGGACAACGAAGAGAAUGCCCAGACUGCAGAAAUUGAAAGGCGAAUUGAACAAGAAACGAAGGCUGAAAAGCAUAUCCAGAAACUUCUUCUACUUGGUGCUGGUGAGUCGGGGAAAUCCACAAUUUUUAAGCAGAUAAAGCUUCUGUUUCAAACUGGAUUUGAUGAGGCAGAGCUCAAGAGCUACAUCUCAGUCAUCCAUGCCAAUGUGUAUCAGACCAUAAAAAUAUUGUAUGACGGGUCAAAGGAACUUGCUCAGAAUAACAGAGAAACGUAUGAGAUAUCCAGUGAAAAUAAGGAAAUUGGAGAGAAACUAUCAAAAAUUGGUGGCAGAUUGGAUUAUCCACGUCUCACAAAAGAGCUUGCACAGGAUAUAGAAACUCUUUGGAAAGAUGCUGCAAUUCAGGAAACAUAUGCCCGUGGUAAUGAACUCCAAGUUCCUGAUUGUGCCAACUAUUUCAUGGAAAAUCUUCAAAGAUUAGCUGACGCAAAUUACAUUCCAACCAAGGAGGAUGUUCUUUAUGCCAGAGUUCGUACUACUGGUGUUGUAGAGAUCCAGUUCAGCCCUGUUGGAGAAAGUAAGAAAAGUGGUGAAGUAUAUAGACUCUUCGAUGUUGGAGGCCAGAGAAAUGAGAGGAGGAAAUGGAUCCAUCUAUUUGAAGGUGUUACAGCUGUAAUAUUUUGUGCUGCUGUUAGCGAGUAUGAUCAAACACUCUUUGAGGAUGAAAGUAAGAAUAGGAUGAUGGAGACAAAGGAGCUUUUUGACUGGGUCCUGAAGCAACCAUGUUUUGAGAAAACUUCCUUCAUGCUGUUUUUAAACAAGUUCGAUAUAUUCGAGAAGAAGGUUCUAAAUGUGCCACUUAACGUGUGUGAGUGGUUCAAAGAUUACCAGCCAGUUUCAACGGGAAAGCAAGAGAUUGAACAUGCAUAUGAGUUUGUGAAGAAAAAAUUUGAGGAAUUGUACUUUCAGAGCACGACCCCGGAUCGUGUGGACCGGGUGUUUAAGAUCUAUAGAACCACUGCCCUUGAUCAAAAGCUUGUGAAGAAGACUUUCAAGCUUGUGGAUGAGACGUUGAGACGGAGAAAUCUGUUUGAGGCCGGUUUAUUGUGA